CGUCCUCCCACCUCUCUAUCAGGCAGUCUGCUUGAACUCGUGCCUUCUGUCAGCAUCAGGGCACUCAGUUAUCUCCACUCGCUUCUCAGAGUCUAUGGAAGGCAUAGAUGAGGACACUCAAUGGGGCCCAAUAUUGGGGAGUCAGCCUUGUUGAACUCGCUUUCCUUGGACGAUAACAUGUAUUUCUCUUUUCGAAUGCCUAGUUUAUAACGAGUUCUACAGGCUAAUCUCCCCAUUCUGACACAUAGCAUGUAGUAACAACAUUUAAGGACAGCUUUUCAGUAUCAGACCCAGAAAUUCUAUCAUACUCUGCUAUUUGGCUUGAGAAGUUUCCCUUCAUUAAUGUCUUGCUCAGAAUUCUGCAGAACAAUUUCCUAUGAACUUAACUAAUUUUCUAAGUAAGCUUAGUUUUUUUUUAAUUUUAUUUAAUGCCGCGAUCUUAGCCUUUAAUUCUGUAUUUGAAGGAGAGACAUUUGUGGAGAAAGAUUACUGUUUCAUAGUGCAUUUUUUUGAAGGAAAUUUAAAAAAUAUAGAAAGCUAAAGGGUCUGAGAGUAACAGCAAUAUAAAGUCAGAUUUGUGGUUCUGACUCUUGAGUGAAUCGGAGUAAAGGGGUCACACUGAAAGGUAUCUGUGUGUGGAGCGAGAAUACAAGCAGACAGUCUUAUUUGGAGGCUACCGAAGUGCCAACAGGAAAGAUUUGGUGGAAAUUUAAAAGAUAAUAAUGGGAAAUAGUGAGAAAUUGUUUAGAUUCCAAAAACAUCCCAAAGACAAAACCAACAUCUGUCCCCUGAUGGCGGAUAAAAGAGAUGAGGAAAGCCAUAUAUGGGGAAGCAUAGUGAAGUGAUGUUUCAUGGGACAAUCACAAAAGAACUCACCAGCCAUGAAGAGUGGAGUCACUACAAUGAGAAUAUAAUAGAAGAUCAGAAGGACUUUGUGUUUGUAAAGUACAAUGGCCUCCAUCUGAAGUCCAUGGAGAACCUGCAGUCCUGCAUCUCUCUGAGAGUCUGCAUAUUCUCGAACAACUUUGUCACUGACAUCCAGCCCCUGCAGAGCUGCGUAAAGCUCAUUAAACUUGAUCUCCAUGGAAACCAGAUAAAGACUCUUCCAGAUCGAAAUUUUUGGGGUGGACUCAAGAACCUAAAACUCCUCUAUCUUCAUGACAAUGGUUUUGCCAAGCUGAAGAACAUCUGUGUGUUAGCCGCCUGUGCAAGCCUUGUAGGACUGACCAUGUUUGACUGCCCGGUGAGUCUUAAGAAAGGCUACAGACAUGUUCUUGUCAAUACUAUCUGGCCUCUCAAAGCCCUGGACCAUCACGUUAUAUCUGAUGAAGAAAUCAUUCAGAACUGGCAUCUUCCGGAGAGAUUUAAAACAUUCAACCACAGGCUAUUCAUUAACCUUUGCCCAGCAUUGAUAAAGGGUACAACCUAUGAGGAUGAAAUUAAUACUAUCAAACAUGUUAUCUCAAGGAUUAAUGAGAUUCUGGCUCAUAAUUCACCAGUGUUGAUUGUUCAAAGAUGGAUACGUGGUUUCAUAGUUAGAAAACACUUGAGACCAUAUUUUACACGUAAAAGGCCUCCGGGGAAACUUAUUAGGUCACUUCAAACAAAAUGGAUCUGCAAAGGUAGAAGACAUGAAGACAAAUCCUUGGAGGAAAUCUUCCUUUUCAAGCCUGAAUCUAAUACAAAAGGGAAGGUUGCAAACUGGAAACAAGCAAGAUGUAUUUCUGCCGACUUUAAAUACUCUCUUGAAUACAUGAAACACAUUUCCUGCCUUUCAAAUGAAUUGAAAACAAAAGAUAUUGACAGAAAACCAAAAACACCAAAACCUCCCACUCAGAAAGGUCAGAAGGAGUCUAAAUCUGACGUUGAGGAUGAAGAAGUGGACACUAGGUUUAGGAUGUCUGUUGUGAAGACUCCUUUAUAUUCCCCUAGAUCACUCAAGUAUGGUGCAAUGUUGAGGGAGAUGAAACGGGACUAUUUCCCGGAUUACCUCCAGCCACUUCCUGCCACUCGUCCAAAGCCAGCAAUUGAAAGAGAGACUCUGCAGCAGCUGAGGCAAAGGAGAGAGUUUUUAACCUCACAGAGGACAGGCAUGAAGCUCGACAUGCUUUAUGAUCUUGAUAAAUAUCACUCCGAACGAAAGCAUCAAGAAAAGCAAUCAGAAAAAUCAGCAGCCGUCGUUACAGCACAGAUUGCCCAGGAAAGAGCUAAGCUCAACAUUAGAGAGAGCUUAAGGAAGAAGGCGUAUAUGGCACAAAAACUAGAGGAAAAGGAUAAUGAGAUAAUCCAUAGAGGCUUACGGCAAAUUUGGGAGGAAAAACUUGCUUACCUUGAAAAAGUUAGAGAGCGGAAAACUACGUUUCUUGCUGAAAAAAAGCUAAAUGCCGCAGAUCAUUCUCUAGUGCAGACCAUCAACAAUGAACGGUCCCACCUGCUCAGAGGAAUCGUCCACAUUGACAGAAUGAAGCAAAACAUGGCUGACUUAAGACAGAAGUGCCUGGAUGUCAACAAGAAAUGGAAUACAGAGAAAUACAAGCAAAGUUUGAUGAGGCAGAUGAAGGAGCUCAGGGCUGAAGAAGUUCGUAAAAGACACUGUGAAGAGAAAUUUGUUAUGAAUACACUCAUCUUUCAGAAAGCCUGUGCACGGCUAGAAGAGGCUAAAGCAAAGGCUGACUUUAUUAGGACAUACUAUACCUCUAAGUCUCUUAAAAGAUAGCCAGAAGGAACCAGCGCCAGCUCAUACCUCAUGAUAAUUGUAAAUUUGGCCACUAUUUUUCUUUAAAGAAACUUGAAUGAAUAGAUGGAAAAUGGGCUCUACACAAGGUGGGUCAGGGUGUAAGUAUGCUCAGGUUGAAAGAGAAAGGGGUUUCAAGUGCUGUUCAUACUAAACAUAAUGCAAAUCUGGAAUCUUUAUGACUUUGCACUUGUAAAGGCUUUUUAUGUAUCCGUAUGUUCAAGAAGGAACCAAAACGAUGUGGCAUCAUCCACAAAGAAGGCUCCUAACAACUUGCAGAGUUCCCUCGGCUCUGAGGUUGGCAAGUUAUGAAAAUAUUUCCAAUUUUUUUCUGCUAAUUUCCUUCCUUAUUACUGAAUUUUAUUAAGACAUUAUAUGCAGAAAACAUUAAUUACCCAAUUUCAUUUAUUGAAUUAUAAUGUAUUUCCUGAAUAU